AUGAACACGGGCAGCCAGAUCAGUCUGCUGCUCUGGAAGAACUGGACACUCCGCAAGAGACAGAAGAUCCGGUUUCUGGUGGAGAUUUUGUGGCCUGUGGUUUUGUUCGUUGGAUUGGUGUGGCUCAGGAGAGCCAAUCCUCUCUACCAGCAGCAUGAAUGUCAUUUUCCCAACAAAGCUAUGCCUUCUACGGGAAUACUGCCCUGGAUCCAGGGUAUCUUCUGCAAUGCCAAUAACCCUUGUUUCCGUUACCCCACACGUGGAGAAUCUCCUGGGGUUGUGUCCAACUACAACAAUUCCAUACUGGCCCGGUUCUAUGCCGACUCUCAAGAGCUCCUCUUCAAUGACACGGAGUUUCAGCAGCUGGGUCGCCUCUGGCAGGAGCUGUCUGUCAUGAGCAACUUCAUGGACACGCUUCGGAACAACCCCGAACUAGUUUCAGGACGAGGGCUGAAGAUCGAGGACAUCUUGAAAGACGAUGAGACUCUAACAUCCUUCUUACUGAGGGAUGCCGGCCUCUCGGAUUCAGUAGUGAAUCAGCUCACAAACGCACUGGUCCGGGUAGAGCAGUUUGCCUAUGGAGUUCCAGACUUAACGCUGAAAGAGAUCGCCUGUAGCCAGGCUCUGCUGGAACGCUUCAUCAUCUUCCCGAGUCGUCGCGGUUUGUACGGGGUCCGAAAUGCCAUGUGUGCCCUCAGCCAGCAGAAACUUCAGAAGAUUGAGGACAAACUUUAUGCCAAUGUGGACUUCUUCAAACUCUUUCGCCUGCUGCCCAUGGUACUGGAUAACCACUCCACUGGAAUAGAUCUGCACUUCUGGGGUCAAGUAUUGUCUGCAGUGUCUGAGAAACUGCAAGAGCUUGCAGAAAGGCCAAGUUCCAAAGACUUGUUGAAGGCGGUAUACCCCAUCUUCCAGACAGGAGCUCCUAGCUCUUUCAGUCAGCUCAUGUCUACUGUGUCAGAUCUCUUCUGUGGCUACCCUGAGGGCGGUGGCUCACGUGUCUUCUCCUUCAACUGGUAUGAGGACAACAACUACAAAGCUUUCUUGGGCAUUAAUACCACAAGGAAGCAUGAAAGCUACAUUUAUGACGAAACUGCCACUCCUUUCUGUAAUGUGUUGAUGCAGAACUUGGAGUCCAACCCAGUUACAAAAAUCGUGUGGAAUUCAGUCAAGCCCCUGCUGAUGGGGAAGAUCUUAUACACCCCCGACUCUCCUGCUGUGAGGCAGAUAUUAAAGAGUGCCAACACCACAUUUGAACAGCUGGAACGGUUAAGGAACAUGGGGAAAGCGUGGGAGGAAACAGGCCCUCAGUUGUGGGAUUUCUUUCAGAACAGUAUACAGAUGAUGAUGAUUCGGGACACCCUCAGAAACCCCACAGUGAUGGACUUCUUGGACAAGCGUCUAAAGGACACAGAGUUCUCCACUAAAGACGUACUCAACUUUCUGCACACUGGCCCUGAUGAAGACCGUGAAGAAGACAUGCCCAACUUUGAUUGGAGGAAUAUCUUCAACUUGACUGACCAGAUCAUCCGCAUGUUCACCCAGUACGGAGAGUGUAUAAGUCUGGAUAAGUUUGUGGGUCAUAUGGAUGAGGAUCAGAUGACUCACCAGGCCCUUUACCUGUUGGAGGAGAAUAAGUUCUGGGCUGGCCUGGUAUUUCUGGACAUGUACCCCUGGACAACUGCACUACCCCCUCAUGUUAAAUUCAAGAUCCGCAUGGAUAUUGAUGCUGUGGAGCGCACCAACAAAAUAAAAGACAGGUACUGGGACCCAGGCCCUAGGGCUGACCCCAUGGAGGAUCUGCGCUACAUCUGGGGGGGGUUUGCUUACCUACAGGACAUGAUAGAACAUGGUAUCCUCAGGCUGCAGACAGGUCGUGACUGGACCAUGGGUGUUUACGUGCAGCAGAUGCCUUACCCCUGCUAUGUGGAUGACAUGUUUAUGCUGACACUGAACAGAUGCUUCCCCAUCUUCAUGGUUCUGGCCUGGAUCUACUCUGUGUCCAUGAUUGUGAAGAGCAUUGUGCUGGAGAAGGAGAUGAGGCUGAAGGAGACACUGAAAGCCAUGGGCAUCUCCAACAGUGUCAUAUGGUAUACUUGGUUCAUUGACAGUUUCCUCAUGAUGACUACCAGUACCGCCUUACUUACAGGCAUCAUCAUGGCAGGGAAAGUCCUCAACUACAGCAAUCCCUUCAUCCUUUUCCUGUUCCUGCUCACGUUCACCGUGGCGACCAUCAUGCAGUGCUUCUUGAUGAGUGUGUUCUUCAACAAGGCCAAUUUGGCAGCAGCGUGCAGUGGCAUCAUCUACUUCACUCUCUACCUGCCCCAUAUCUUCUGCUUUGCCUGGCAAGAUCGAAUCACCAAGAAUAUGAAGAUAGCAGUGAGCCUGCUGUCUCCAGUGGCAUUCGGAUUUGGAACAGAGUAUUUGUCUCGCUAUGAGGAGCAGGGCCUGGGUCUGCAGUGGGACAAUAUCCGCACCAGUCCACUGGAGGGCGACGAGUACUCUUUUUUCACCUCCAUCCGCAUGAUGUUGUUUGAUGCUUUCCUAUAUGCAUUGCUUGCCUGGUACCUCGACAAUGUCUUCCCAGGACAAUACGGCAUUGGUCGGCCAUUUUACUUCCCGUUGCAGCCUUCCUAUUGGCAGAGGCCAUCACCCUCUAACACAGACACUGCUGAUCCAGGGCCAGAGAAGCCACUGUUGGAUGACGUGGAGAAACAGGAGGAUGUGGAGAACAGCAUCUCACCUGAGCACAAGGAGUGUAAUGGCUCACGCAAGCUGUGUAAACACCAAGAAAGGCGUGAGAAGAGGGAGAAAGAGAAGGAAGAGCAGCAGAGAAAGCAAGAAGAGGGGGAGCAAAAUCAUGAGAAGGAGAGCAACCUGUUCUGUGAGCCGGAGCCUGAAGGCCUUGUUGUGGGGGUGUUGGUGCAGGAUCUGGUGAAGGUGUAUUCUGGGGGCGCUCGACCUGCUGUAGACUGUCUGAACAUCACCUUCUAUGAGGGACAGAUCACAUCUUUCUUGGGCCACAAUGGGGCAGGCAAAACCACGACCCUGUCAAUCCUCACUGGCUUGUUCCCACCUACAUCUGGAACAGCCUACGUCAACGGGAGGGACAUCCGCACAGAUAUUGAUGUCAUACGCCAGUCUAUGGGCAUGUGCCCUCAGUACAAUAUCCUCUUUAACCAUUUGACAGUGGAAGAACACAUUCUCUUCUAUGCCAUGCUAAAAGGUCGCACUCAGGCACAGGCUCAACAGGAAGUGGAGGACAUGCUGGAGGAUUUGGGUUUGCCUCAUAAGAGAGACGAAGAGGCACAGAAUCUGUCAGGUGGCAUGCAGAGGAAGCUGUCGGUGGCCAUGGCUUUUGUGGGUGGUUCCAAGGUGGUGAUCCUGGAUGAGCCUACCUCAGGAGUGGACCCUUACUCCAGACGAUCCAUCUGGGACCUGCUGCUUAAAUACCGCACAGGCCGGACAGUGAUCCUGUCCACUCAUCACAUGGACGAGGCUGACCUGUUGAGUGACCGAGUAGCCAUCAUCUCCAAAGGCAAGCUUCACUGCUGUGGCUCUCCCCUCUUCCUGAAGAACUGUUUUGGCAUGGGCUUUUACCUCACCCUAGUGCGUCGUAUGAAGGACCAGCGCAAGAAAGUGAAUGAGUGUGACUGUGCAUCUGAGUGCUCAUGUACCUGCUCAACGUGCACCAGAUAUAAGGAGGAAACUCAAACCCAGCAGCCAGAAAGAGCACUGGACGGUGAUGUGGAGAAUAUUAAUAAUUUGAUUCACCACCAUGUCCCUGAGGCGAGGCUCAUUGAAAUGAUUGGCCAGGAAAUGACCUAUCUGCUGCCUAAUAAGGGCUUUAAGCACCGGGCCUACGCCAGUCUGUUUAGAGAACUGGAGGAGACACUGGGAGAUGUAGGCCUCAGCAGCUUUGGCAUAUCAGACACUUCACUGGAGGAGAUCUUCUUGAAGGUAACUGCUGAUGGAGAGGCAGCUAACAGUGCUGUCACACCAGAGCAGUGGAUGCUGCAGCACAGGAGAAAUGGCAGUGAGGUUAAUGGCUUGCCACAGGUUAAUGGAGUGGAGAAAUACGGAGAUUCUGAUAGCAGUGCUGGGCGGGGCUCCAGACAGGUCAAAGGCUUUGAAUUGAUUCUCAAGCAGUUUUACGCCCUGCUGGUUAAGAGAUUCCAUCAUGCCACACGGAGCCACAAAGAUUUUGUCGCUCAGAUCGUCCUGCCAGCAAGCUUUGUCCUCAUUGCUCUGAUCUUCACCAUGAUUGUCCCUCCAUUUGGAGAAUAUCCCAGUCUCACCCUCACUCCAUGGAUGUAUGGACAGCAGUUUACCUUCUUCAGCAAUGAACGGCCAGACCAUGUGAAAAUGAAGCAUUUUACUCAGAUGUUGCUUAGCAACCCAGGCAUGGGAACACGCUGCAUGGUGGAUCAGCCCUUAGAAGACCUUCCUUGCAAUGGCACUACAUCAGAGUGGGUGGUUCCUCCAGUGUCACCUGUGGCCAGCAACAUCUUACUGAGUCCUGAGUGGCACACACUUAACCCCUCCCCUUCUUGUCAGUGCAGCACCAGUAAGAAGCUCACUAUGCUUCCUGUCUGUCCAAUAGGAGCUGGAGGGCUGCCCCCACUCCAGAGAACAGAACCUACAGGUGACAUCCUUCUUGAUCUCACUGAUAGAAACAUGUCAGACUACCUGGUAAAAACCUACCCCAGUCUUAUCAAGACCAGCUUGAAGAGCAAGUACUGGGUGAAUGAACAAAGGUAUGGGGGACUUUCUGUUGGUGGACAGCUUCCUGUCCUCGAUGUGGAUCCUAAUGACAUCCAGAAUGUUCUGGCUCAGCUUGGACGGAUGCUGAACAUUACAGGAGGUAAUUAUUCAAAACUGGCUAUCAGAGAGAUAGGACCAUUCCUCCACUACAUGGAAAGUGAAUACAACAUCAAGGUUUGGUUCAACAACAAAGGCUGGCAUGCCAUGGUGUCCUUCAUGAAUGUGGCCAACAAUGCCAUCCUGCGGGCUUAUCUGCCACACUAUGCCAACCCGUCACAGUAUGGCAUCACAGUUAUCAACCACCCACUGAACCUCACCAAAGAACAGCUCUCUGAAGUCACUGUCUUGACGACGUCUGUGGACGCAGUGGUGGCGAUCUGUGUCAUCUUUGCCAUGUCCUUCAUUCCCGCCAGCUUCGUCCUCUACCUCAUCCAGGAACGUGUCACUAAAGCCAAGCACCUUCAGUUUGUCAGUGGAGUCAGUCCUCUUGUCUACUGGGUGGUCAAUUUCUUCUGGGAUAUGAUCAACUAUUCAAUCAGCACAGCAAUGGUUGUUGGCAUUUUUAUUGGCUUUGACAAAAAAUGCUACACCUCACCCACCAAUCUUCCAGCUCUCAUUGCCCUGCUCAUGUUGUAUGGAUGGUCAGUGACUCCUAUGAUGUACCCAAUGUCAUACAUCUUCAGCAUCCCCAGCACAGCCUAUGUGUCUCUCUCCUGCAUCAACUUAUUCAUUGGCAUUAACAGCAGUGCCAUCACCUUCAUUCUGGAGCUCUUUGAGAACAAUAGGUCUCUGCUUGCGUUCAAUGAAGGACUGAAGAAAGUGUUACUGAUCUUCCCCCACUUCUGCCUGGGCAGAGGUCUCAUUGAUAUGGCCAUGAACCAGGCUGUGACUGACGUCUAUGCCAGAUUUGGGGAAGAUUAUGUUGUCGAUCCGUUCAGAUGGGACUUUGUUGGGAAGAAUAUUGCUUUCAUGGCAGUAGAGGGUUUUGUGUAUUUUAUGUUCAAUCUCCUCAUCCAAUACAACUUCUUCCUGGACCACUGGACAUCCGGUUACACAGGGGCUCCUGUUAUGGAUGAUGAUGAAGAUGUUGCCUUGGAGAGACAACGGAUCUACGACGGAGGAAACAAGAACGACAUCCUACAGAUAAGAGACUUGUCAAAGACUUAUGUAGGCAAAAAGAAACCUGCAGUGGAUCGAAUAUGUGUUGGGGUGCCAGCAGGAGAGUGCUUUGGGCUUCUGGGUGUGAAUGGUGCAGGAAAGACGACUACCUUCAAAAUGCUGACAGGAGACACAGAUGUCACCUCUGGAGAGGCGUCUGUAGCUGGUUUUAGUAUCUUGACCAACAUUCUGGAUGUGCAUCAGAACAUGGGCUACUGUCCCCAGUUUGAUGCCAUUGAUGAGCUGCUGACGGGCAGGGAGCAUCUCUACCUCUAUGCACGCUUGCGUGGAGUCCCAGAAUCAGAAAUCAGCAGAGUGGCAGAGUGGGGCAUUCAGAAGCUGGGCUUGACUGAAUAUGCAGGACGCUGUGCUGGAACCUACAGUGGCGGCAAUAAAAGAAAGCUCUCUACAGCUAUUGCUAUGAUUGGCUGCCCACCGCUAGUUCUUUUGGAUGAGCCCACCACAGGGAUGGAUCCACAUUCCCGCCGCUUUCUGUGGACAGCGAUCUUGAGCAUCAUUCGUGAUGGGAGGGCAGUAGUUUUGACGUCUCAUAGUAUGGAAGAGUGUGAGGCCCUUUGCACCCGUCUGGCCAUAAUGGUCAAUGGAACUUUCAAGUGUCUCGGCACAAUACAGCACCUCAAAUACAAGUUUGGUGAUGGCUAUGUAGUCACAAUGAAAAUCAGGGCAGCUAAAGCGGGACUUGCUCCUGACCUGAGUUUGGCUGAAGCAUUUAUGGAGAGUAGUUUCCCAGGCUGUAUCCAGAGGGAGAAACACUACAACACUCUGCAGUACGAGGUUACUUCUUCCUCUUUGGCUCGCAUCUUCCAGUUAGUGGUGGCCAACAAGGAGAAGCUCAACAUUGAGGACUACACUGUCUCUCAGACCACUCUUGACCAGGUGUUUGUGAACUUUGCCAAGCAGCAGUCGGGAGAGGACGAUGAUGUGGUGUUACAUCCGAGGGCAGCCGGUGCACGGAGGGAAAAAAAGGUUUCCCCAUCCAAAAUAUAG